GAUCUGAGCCGGUAAACAAACCUCAGAUCAGACUCAACACAAACACACUUUCACCACUCGUUCUUCCCUGAAGACGGUAUGGCCUGCAGGAAAAAGGUGUGUUGUGGUGCUUCUGUUCUGGAGGUGACGCUGGCCGUCCUGUUCACCCUCAUGACGGCUGUUAGCGUAACACUGAUCGCAGUGAUGGCUACCCGGAAAACAGACACAGGCCCGGAGCCAACCCUUCCUCCAAGUCCGGAGCCGACCCUUCCUCCAAGUCCAGAGACUCCACACAAACCCUACCUGAUUGGGGUGGGCCGAGCCGACUGCACCGGGCCUCCAGCUGAAAUCCCUCUGAUGGGUUAUGCCAGCCCUGAGCAGACGGCUGCAGGCAUACACACUCGCCUGUACAGCCGAGCCUUCAUUAUUGACGACGGGAGGCGGAGAGUCGUGUUCGUCACCGCAGAUGUAGGAAUGAUAUCACAAAGGCUACGACUGGAGGUUCUGCAGGCGCUGAAGGUGAAGUAUGGGGAUCUGUACCGACAAGAUAACGUAGUUCUGAGUGGGACUCACACUCAUUCUGGCCCGGCCGGAUACUUCCAGUACACACUGUUCAUGAUCACCAGCAAAGGUUACAUCAAGGCGUCUAUCGAGCCGCUGGUCAAAGGCAUCGUCAAGAGCAUAGACAUAGCCCACGGUAGCAUGAAGCCAGGCAGGAUUUACAGGAGCCGAGGAGAGCUGGACGGCAGCAGCCUGAACAGAAGUCCUCAUUCCUACCUGAAUAACCCUGAGGACGAGAGACACAGGUAUAAGUGGAACACAGAUAAACAAGUGUUGGUGCUGAAGUUCACGGGUCUGGACGGAGACGGGAUCGGUAUGCUCAGCUGGUUCGCCGUCCACGCCGUCAGCAUGAACCUCACCAACCGCAUGGUGAGCAGCGACAACAUGGGCUACGCCUCCUACCUGCUGGAGCAGGACAAGAACCGCGGACAGCUACCUGGACAGGGAGACUUCGUUGCUGGCUUUUCCUCCAGUAACCUUGGUGACGUCAGUCCGAACACUAAAGGGCCUCGCUGUGCAAACACCGGACUGCCCUGUGACUACCUGAACAGCUCCUGUCCUGUCGGAGGGACUAAGAUGUGUAAGGCGUUUGGACGAGACGACAUGUUCGACAGCACGAGAAUCAUCGGACACAACAUCUACAGUAAAGCCAAGGAGCUUUAUGCUAACGCAGUAGAAGAGGUGACCGGCUUCCUUCACUCGGCUCAUCAGUGGGUCAACAUGACGGACGUAACAGUUCAGAUCAACGACACACACACGGUGACCACAUGUCCACCAGCUCUGGGUCACAGCUUUGCAGCAGGAACAACAGACGGAGGAGGAGAUCUCAACUUCACUCAAG